AUGGAAGAGGAUCUUUGGUAUAUUGAACUUCUUGGCGAGUUUGGUUGUAUAAGGCAAACACAUGUCAGAAAUCAGACAGCUUGGUGGAGGACUCAUCUCUUCCAUGAGCUUCUGGACCGGUUCUUCAAGCAUGUUACACGCUUUAAAGAAAGGUAUCAUGAGCCCAUCGAGUCAAGUAGAUCGACAUUCUCUUGUCCUUCCGGACAAACCAGCUUCUUGAUACGGAAACUUCACAUGCACAUGUUAAUGGGCAAGCCAGAUUCGAUGGCACGGCUUAGAACAUUCUUGAACCUCCCUGCAUUGUGA